AUGAGCAGUGAAGACGAUCCAGACGACCUCUCUUACUGGUUGGAUUUAGACUCUUCGUCUUCUAACUGUUCCUCUCUCUAUCUUGACGAAGGCUCUAAAAUCCCUCAGAAGGAAGACGUUUAUCAACAGGGAAUUGAUGAAUUCAUUCACUUACUUUCCAAUCACGAGAUGGACUAUGAACCUUCAACUUCCCUGGUUGUUAACGUUUGUCACUGUCCUGACCAAUCUUCCAUGACCAACCUUGGUUUAGAUUACCAAGAGCUCUAUCAUGCGUUGGGUCGUCUUCUAUCCUUUGAACCUCUUUCUUCUUCAACAUGGACCAGUUUUGAAGAAGCCAACAACCUGUCGUCGUCGUCUUCUUUCAUUCCACACCACCAAGAAGACGAAACCAAAAACAACAACAACACCUUGUUCACAACCUUGUGCGAGAGAGAGAGGACUAGCGUUCUUCACAACAGUCCUCUCACUCACCAAACCGCAUCCCAAUCGUUAUUGACUCAUACCUCUUCUUCCUUAGUGAGUGCUUACCAGGAUCACAUGUCACCUGUGAGAACAGAGAUUAUUGAAAUCCAUGGUGUGAACUCAGAAGAAGAAGAACAACUCGAAACCAUGCAUAAUCAAGGUAUUUUCGUUGAAUUUGGAGCCAAACAAUCCAAGUACAUGUUAAGCAUUCAAUCUCCUAAACGAAACAUGAAUACCAAGAUUAGUAUUAAACUCGAAAGCAAAGAUCAUUCCAGAUCAAACAUCGCUCUCAAAUACAUUGUCAAUGAUGAGCAUGUUGGAACUUUGGAAUCAGGUGAACUCCAAUUCCUUCCAAGUGAGAGCCAAAGAGACUUUCAACAAGAAAAGUAA